AUGGUUUUUAUCCGUACCGCGCGGAGAACCGACUGCGGACAGCUGGCUAAGAUUAUGAAAACGUGGCCGGAAAAUCAGGAGACGGAUAUCGAUAUUCUCACUUUACAUCUGACAAAAAACGGAUUUUCAGAAAAGCCGGUUUUCUCCAUUUUCAUCGCAGAGGACAGCACUAGAGUGGUGUCGUCAGGGAGCGCCUCCAUCGUCGGCUGGGUCCUCUUCUCCCGGAUCUACUCGACGUGGGAGGGAAGAAGCCUCCGACUGGACACCAUCUUCGUGGUACCCGAGUUCAGGAGACAGGGUGUCGGCACGGCGCUGCUCAGAAGCGUUAUUCAGAUGUGCCGCGCUGUGGGAUGUCAGCGGAUUGACUGCUGCCCCAGGGCGAAGAACAAGGGUCUCAUCAGACUGCUUGAGAAGCACCAGGCCAGGGACCUGAAUGAGGUCGAAGGCUGGAGCUUCUACCAGCUCAACCGGGACUGCAUGAGGAAGCUGGAGCAACAACAAUAAAAUCGUGUCUGGCAGGACAUUUAUAACG